AUUUUUUUUUUUUUUCACAUUCAUUCUUUGCUUCUUAGUUUUAUAUCACGAGAUCCCCAUCUCUUUCUUUCCUUUCCUUUCAUUUUCUCUCUCUCUCUUAGAUCUCUUCUUCCAAGUCUUUAUUUUUUUUUUGGUUCCCUAUUCUUCUCCAAGCUCUAUCCUUUCUUGCUACAUUCACUUCAAGUUCUUUCUUUUCUUUUUUCACUCACAUUAUCAAUAAAAGACUCGAAGGAAAUAGAGAGAGGGGAGGAAGGGGAAGGGAAAGGGGGAGGGGACGGAAAUUGGAGCCAACCCAAAUUUUUUUUUUUAGUGAGAGGGGAAAGAAAGAGGAAGGCAAAAUGUCGCAUCUUGGAAAGCCGGAAACGGAGUUGGGUCGGGAUUAUGAUAAACUCGCCGAUCAACUUCGUGACUCGUUGAGUUACGAUGAUAAUAAGCCCGAUUUCCGUGAACUCGAUCUGGGUUCACCCGUGUCUCCGCUCCGAACAGGGCAACAGGGUCUGACGAUGACUACGACCACUACUACUACGACUACGACGAGUUCGAGCUCCAGUUCGUCCAGAUCCGUUUCGGGUCGGAACUCGUCUAGCGCGACCGCUAGGAGAUCUGAAUCGGGUCGGAAUAACCACUCUGGUGAACUAUCCGGUUCAAGCGAAACGAGCCCAACAGCUUCGACGGGGAAUAUGAAACCGGCUCAGACCAGAUCCAAACCCAACACUGCCACGACCCACCCGUUGAUCUAUUCGGGUCAAAGCACUGCCAACUCGCCGGCAGUCAAUGUUCUCCCGACCGGAAACAUAUGCCCUUCUGGGAGAAUCAUAAAAACCGGCAUGGCAGUGAACCGAAGCUCCAGAACCGACGUUUUAGGCUCUGGGUCGGGUAAUUAUGGCCACGGCAGCAUAAUGCGGGCCGGGGGAGUGGGAACUGGACCCGUUACGCCUUCCAGAGGCACCGCCUUUGAACCCAGUCACACCCUGGGAAACCGGGGGAAUGCAAGUGAUGUAAUGAGGAAGGCAAUGGGGAACUUGGAACCUGAGGAACUCAAGAAAGUUGGGAAUGAGAUGUACAAAAAGGGACAUUUUGUAGAGGCUUUGAGUUUGUAUGAUAAGGCUAUAGCUUUGUCACCGGCGAACGCAGCUUACCGGAGUAACCGAGCGGCUGCAUUGACGGCUUUAGGGAGAGUAGGUGAGGCAGUCAAGGAAUGUGAAGAAGCGGUUAGAUUGGAUCCUAAUUAUGGGAGGGCUCAUCAGAGAUUGGCUUCAUUAUUGUUAAGGGUAGGGCAUGUUGAGAAUGCUAGGAAGCACAUAUUGUUUCCCGGGCAACCACAAGAUCAAAUGGAGUCGCAGAAGUUGCAGGCAGUGGAAAGGCAUCUUAACAAGUGCACAGAUGCCCGGAGAAUUAGGGACUGGAGAAGUGCAUUAAGGGAAGCUGAUGCUGGUAUUGCCGCCGGUGCUGACUUUUCUCCUCAGCUUUUUAUGUGUAGAGUGGAAGCCCUUUUGAAACUACAUCAACUUGAUGAUGCUGAAUCAAGCCUUUCAGUUGUUCCUAAAUUAGAAUCAUGCAGUAACUCCUUGCAAACUAAAUACUUUGGCAUGCUUGCUGAAGGUUAUAUCUUUUUUGUUCAAGCACAAAUGGAGAUGGCACUUGGAAGGUUUGAGAAUGCAGUUACAGCUGCUGAGAAGGCUGGGCAGGUUGAUCCCCGAAAUGUUGAAGUUGCUGUACUGCUUAACAAUGUGAGGUUGGUUGCAAGAGCACGAGCACGUGGGAAUGAUCUCUUCAAAUCUGAAAGGUUCACUGAGGCAUGCUCAGCAUAUGGGGACGGCCUCAGGCUUGAUCCUUCGAAUUCUAUCCUUUAUUGUAACAGAGCAGCAUGUUGGUUUAAGCUUGGGCGGUGGGAGCGUUCUAUUGAAGAUUGUGACCAAGCUUUAAGUAUCCAACCAAACUACAUAAAAGCCCUUCUUAGAAGGGCAGCAUGUAAUAGCAAGCUAGAGCGAUGGGCUGAAGCUGUCCGAGAUUAUGAAGUUUUGAGAAGGGAACUUCCUAAUGACAAUGAAGUUGCUGAAUCGCUUUUUCAUGCACAAGUUGCAUUGAAGAAAUCUCGCGGUGAAGAGGUUUAUAAUAUGAAGUUCGGUGGCGAAGUAGAAGAAGUAUGCAGUCUUGAGCAGUUCAGAGCUGCAAUAUCUCUGCCAGGCAUCUCUGUAGUCCAUUUCAAGAUGGCUUCCAACCUGCAAUGCAAACAGAUAUCUCCAUUUGUGGAUGCUCUAUGUGGUCGUUAUCCCUCCAUAAAUUUUCUUAAGGUGGACAUCAAUGAGAGUCCAGUGAUUGCGAACACCGAGAAUGUGAGGAUUGUACCAACAUUCAAGAUAUACAAAAACGGUAGCCGGGUGAAGGAAAUGGUGUGCCCGAGUCGGGAAAUGCUGGAACACUCGGUGAGGCAUUACAGCUUUUAGAACUAAUGACUGUACUCCUUGGUCCACCCUCCUUUUUUUUUGUGUUUCACUUCUUGCUACUGCCCAAAUGUCUAUUUUGUUGGGAACUCUUUCCACUACCCUUCCAAUCUUUCCCUCCCACCACAUAAGGAUUACCAGGUACCUGUGACAUAAAACCAGAGCUACAUAAUAAUCCCAUUAGCAGCCAAUGCCAGAGGAACCCACAGAUAAAAUUAGCUUUUAGUUCCCCCCCCUUUUGCAGUUUUCAUUUAUUCAUUCAUUCCUCAUUGCUCUAGGGUUCCCUGUUCUUCUUCCUCCCUUUCACCUUUUCCUUAAUUUCUCUCCCCCUCUCUUUUCCAUUUUCAAAAGUAGGCCAGCCUGGUUCUUGUAUCACUACUUUCAUUCAGUGGGAAACUUGAAAAGAAAAAGAAAAAAAGGGAGAAACAAUUGAGAAAUAUGUGUACAAUUUAAUUGAAAAAGUGGAUACUUAGUUUUACAUUUUAGAGAUACAGUGAGAGGACUGGCAGGCAGGCAGGCUGGUAGCAGAGGAUCUGUACAUGUAUAUAUGUGAUGAUAUAUACACAUCAUCUGAAGAAGCCAUGAGGGAGAUGAUUGGAUGUCUGGUGGGUACUUAGUUACUGGGUUAGUGAAAGAAGGAUGAAUAUGUUGUCAUUAAUAUUGUUGUUUCUUUUUUCUUUUUUUUUUCUCAACCAUUUCAUCAAUAAAAAAAUUCCCAUUUUUUUCC